AUGGUCAUGGGCAAGCAACAGGAGGGCCUCCCUGGCUCUGAUCCAGGAAGGAUGAAGUGUGCAGACAUCGCUCUUUGUAGGGCCGAGCGAGCACCCUUGGCGGUCAUUUCAUCCAAUGAGAUGAACCAGUUGGUAGGAUGCGCGGAUGAGCAAAAAGAUUCCCUCUACAUACGCUCUCGCAAGCCUGCGACUCGCAAGCCUGCCAUGAAAGUUGCCGUGGAUAAGUGUUUGAAAUACACCAAGAGCGCCACGGCAAAGGAGGAGAACGGGUCGCAAGUACACACUGCCACGCCAGUCAAAGGAAACGAGCAAAGCAGAGUCCCUGAGGCAUCGCGACCUUGGUGGCCAGCCGUUUGCAGGUCAAGGCAGUUUGAUAUCCGAGGGUGGGAAGAGAGAGAUAUCGAGUAUGAACGAGAGCCUGGGGGCAUGGGAGACGACGAUGCUGAACCCAGACACGUCGGAAGAGAUCUUGUCAACCCCAUUCGAUCUGCGACAACUGAGCUUUGUGUGCAAUACGCCAUCGGCGGAUCGUCCGCGGACUUUGUCUGUGGGCACUCAAACGGAAAGGAGGACGCGCAGCAUGAGAUUCAAGAUUUCUGCAGUGCGAGGGCAGCUUGCAUGUCAGGAAGCUCCUGUCCCAGCACCUGUAUGGAAUCGCGGACUUUGAUGUACGUGCCUUGUAUGCAAACAAACGGAGAAGAGCAGGAUGACUCUGAGUAUGUGCUGGAGUUUGAGUUUGACGAGAGUGCCGAAAUCACGGGAGAUCAACUGUGUGCGAUGGAGGCUUGCGCUGCAGCGAUGUCUUCACUUUACGUCUUGAGACGCCGACUGCGAGCUGUGUUGGACGAAGGAAGGGCCUUGCACCUUCGUGAGAAGAGGAGGAAUGCUUCAGUAGCGGCUGAGAGGGCAGCGAGAGAGAAAGACGUGUCUGAGCUGCUUCAGACCGCGUUGGAGCUGCAGUUGAGCAAGGUGAGGGCUGAGGAGGAGGAAGGUGGAGGAGUGAGAGAGAUCCAGAUCAAGAAGCUGCAGAGGAUGAACCACUACAUGACUUCCAGCAUGUUGAACAGCGACGAUGUUCCUGUCUCCGGCGGCAAGAAGGGAAUGCUGAGAUCGAUGAAGACGUUCAGGUCUCCUUCGGAGGAAGAGCUGAUGAGAGAGAACGACAAGUUGCGAGUGAAGCUCCAGAACGAGCUCUUUGAAGGGAGCAGAGUGCUUGACAUGCUGCGAUUUUACGUCGAAGAAGGGAAGAGAAGGAAGCAUGGAGCCAAGUGUUCACAUGGUGACAAUAUCUCUGUCGGAGCUCCUCGACCUGCAGACUUGGAGGAGGUCACAGUCGAAGAUGCAAACCUGAUCAACAGAAUCAAAGGCGAUGACGGCAAACUUGAGUCCAUUCAGAGCUCAUCGAUGUUGUCAAGUCAAUCUGGCAUGCUUGUCGUGGGCUCGCAGAGGGAUCAAAUUGCAGAUGAAGGUGCAGUUGUCAACUGCGACAAUUAUGAGGAGAAAGAUGGGCAGAGCAGCUCGAUGAUGGCGAGAACGACAGCGGCAGGACAAGCUGGUUGUAAUUCAAACUCGGAAGGAGGCAGGAGAACAGGCGAUGCUUCUGUUGACAUCGCGCUUGUCAAACGAGAUGUCAGACUGCUGCUCAGUGAGGUCAAGUGCCUGAAAGGCGAGGCAGAGACGAUCGCUAACGCCAACAAUCAAGUCCUUGAAAGCAUGCUUGAUCAUGUGAAGAGCUUGCUGUGCAAGCAGAUGGAGGAGGAGAGAAGCUUCGACGAGGGCAUGAGAGCCCUCGGAGCUGGCUUGUCUUGCUUCUCCUCACAGCUGCUCGACAUCGAUGAUCGCCUUUCCUCCUUGGUUGACCUGCUGGCAAACUUCUCUUUGAGCAGACAGGAGGAUCCGAUCCGCAUCAGACGGCUAGAGAAACAGCUGGAAGAGGAGCGGAGGCGGGGAGGAGAGCUGACAGGCGAGCUGGAGGAGGAGCGGAGGCGGGGAGGAGAGCUGGCAGGCGAGCUGGAGGAGGAGCGGAGGCGGGGAGGAGAGCUGGCAGGCGAGCUGGCAGGCGAGCUGGAGGAGGAGCGGAGGCGGGGAGGAGAGCUGGCAGGGCAGCUGGAGGAGGAGCGGAGGCGGGGAGGAGAGCUGGCAGGGCAGCUGGAGGAGGAGCGGAGGCGGGGAGGAGAGCUGGCAGGGCAGCUGGAGGAGGAGCGGAGGCGGGGAGGAGAGCUGGCAGGGCAGCUGGAGGAGGAGCGGAGGCGGGGAGGAGAGCUGGCAGGGCAGCUGGAGGAGGAGCGGAGGCGGGGAGGAGAGCUGGCAGGGCAGCUGGAGGAGGAGCGGAGGCGGGGAGGAGAGCUGGCAGGCGAGCUGGAGGAGGAGCGGAGGCGGGGAGGAGAGCUGGCAGGGCAGCUGGAGGAGGAGCGGAGGCGGGGAGAGUGUUUGCGAUGGACGAUGGGAGCAAGGAUUCAGUGUCUGGAGGAGACAGCAGGCAGUUUGUGCUCGGAAGUGUCGAGGUGUGUCCAAGAGGUUGAAGAGGUGAUGGUGAUGGAGGGAGUGUUGCUGCGAGACAUGCGAUGGAACUUGUUGACUUGUCGGGAGUUGGCAGACAAGUUGGACAAGUCGAUCAAGAUAGCAAAGAUCCUGAGGGAUGAGGGAGAAAACUUGGAGAGUGAGGUCAAGGAGAUGACGAGAGGGUUUGAAAGGAGCCUGCGCAUACAGGUUGCAGCAGAGGCGAAAUACAGGCUGAUGAAGAUGGAGAAUUCGGUCUCAUUCGAGCGAUUCAGUUCGAUGAUGUUGAGCGUGAGCGUGAUAGAGGAGCUGCUGCUGCUGCUGCAGUCGAGGAGCGCUGAGGCGAAAGGAGAGAAAGAACGAAUCAUGGGAAGAUCUGAGCCUGGAUGGGAGGAGGAGGAGGAGGAGGAGGAGGAGGAGGAGGAGGAGGAGGAGGAAGCAGACCUUGCCUCUUCAGGAACUCCAAGCGCCUCGAGAUCAACGAAGGUGACAAUAGAGCCAACAAGUGCAGGAGCAGGAGCAGGAGCAGGAGCAGGAGCAGGAGGACAGGGACACAAGACGGAGGGGCCGACGGCUGAGCGUGUCGUUAGUCCAUCGACCGAGGACGGAGGAGGAGGUGGGGGUAAAAUCCCUGGUGACGUCAUCAGCGUGAUCAGGCAGACGGAGCGGACGUGUGCAACGCUGGAGGCCCUUCAUGCCGGGAUCGUCUGCUUGACGUCAGGGAGGCUGGCGAGCUAUGAGGAGAGGUACAGGAAAGUGUUCAGAGAGCUGGAGGUCGACGUCCUUGCGGAGCUGAACAGCGUCAAGAACAAGUUCCACAAGCUGAGGAGGCUCAACACGAACCUGAUCUUGACGAAUAGGCUGCUCCAGCAAGAGAAGGAAACCUCCAGGUCUCUCUUCCUCCUCGCGCGCUUCCUGUCCUGGAAGGCUGCAGCAUCUUCCGAGCAGCUGCGGAGGAAGGCGAAGGAGCUCGAGAGAGCAGAGCAGGAACAGCAAGAUCAGCUUUGGGCUGAGCGCUACAUCGCAGAGGAGCUGCGGGAGGCGCUGAGCAGGACAAGGAAGGGGAGAGCGGCAGUGAGCGAGAUGAUGGAGGAGGAGCAGGAGGAGGAGCAGGAGGAGAACACGACGAGCUGA